AUGGCGGCAAUCGCCCUACUGGAGAGUGGCCACGAUGUCGAGAUAUACGAGAGAUCUCAGUUCAAGAGCGAAGUCGGGGCCGCGAUCUCGACGCCUCCAAACUCCACGAGAGUACUCAAUUACUACGGGUUCGACUUCGAGCGGGCCAGGGCCACCACCGCGGAGAAGUACAUAUACUACGACGACCCCAACAACAUUGACAAAACGCGGAUGGUGACAUGCACCGACUACACACCCAGAUACGGAGCUCCGUGGCUGUUCUUCCACCGGGUCGAUCUCCAUAACGAGCUUAAGCUACUAGCCACAGAGCCUACUCCGUCGCGGAAGAGCGUUGCUCGCUUGCAUCUCGGCGUCAAGGUGUCUGAUAUCGACACCGACGGGACCAUUCACUUUGAAAAUGGCGAGAGUGUCCAAAAAGACGUUCUCAUCGCGGCCGACGGCAUACGAUCUUCCUUCAUCUCAAAGGUCGUGGACAAUGCUGCGCUUGCGCAGCACUACAUGUCGAUGCUCCGGCUGAUGGCUCCUGUAGAGGACCUUCGCGACGACCCGGACGUCGUGGCUCUCUUUAAAGAUGGCUUGACUUCGAUUCGCAUCAGCUAUGGGACCAUGCGAAGUGCCAUUAUCUACGGAUGCCGAGGGUACGCGUUACCCAAGUCAACCCUGCCCUUUACUACCAAUUUUCCUUUGCAAGACUCUCUGCUCACCUCUCAUUACCAAGGCAACGACAUUUCGGCAAGAGAAGACUUUGUCUAUAAAGUCGUCGAAGAGUAUCCGAAGCCUGUGCAAUCCGUCUGCAUGUAA